AUGACUAUGAUGGAGCAUUGUAACAAGCGUGGCCAAGGCAGCUGGGCACGGCUAGCCGAUGAAGCUUAUUACGGUGCAUUACGGCUUCUGUCCCGAGCCAAGUACCGAAAGCCUCGGGAUUUUGGCGCCUUGGCGCAUUUUGCUGGACGCGAAUGGCUAUGUCCCUCGGGCUACGCGUUGGGACGGCUUUUCUGGUGCUGCCUGCAAGCCGGGUGA